GCAAAUCGCGCAAACCCAAAUCCCCCGUGAGGCCGAGGCCGAGACCCACACCUCCCUCCCCCAUCUUCGCCUUGCUUCCGAAUCCAACCCCAACUCCCGAUCCCCUCCUCCUCCGCCACCGCCGCCUUCGCCGCUGCGGCGAUCUCACUCGCACUUCUCUCUAUCCCCCAGGUGGCCGCGAUCCGAUGGACUCCCGCUCCAUCAACCUCCGGGGUUUCGCCGGGAACGCCGGCAAAAACAUCAUGCAGGGGAUUGGGGGAUUUGUUUUCGGAAAUGAGAGGUCCGAGUCCAAGGAAGACAGCUAUGUUGAGAGAUUCCUUGAUCGCAUAAGCAAUGGCACCAUAUCUGACGAUAGGAGGUCUGCCAUGACCGAGCUGCAGUCGCUUGUGGCAGAGUCUCGUUCUGCUCAGAUGUCAUUUGGAGCCAUGGGAUUUCCUGUUCUCCUCAACGUUUUAAAAGAAGACCGUGAAGAUGUUGAGCUUGUGAGAGGUGCUCUAGAAACCUUUGUGAGUGCACUGACUCCUAUUGAAACCUCGCAAGGACCAAAAACUGAGGUUCAGCCUGCAUCAGUGAACUCUGAUUUGCUUUCUCGAGAAACUGAGAAUAUCUCUCUUCUUUUGAGCUUAUUGUCAGAGGAGGAUUUCUAUGUGCGGUACUAUACGAUCCAGCUUUUGACAGCGCUACUUACGAACUCGCUGAAAAGACUACAAGAGGCAAUUCUAUUGAUUCCCCGGGGCAUAACAGUUUUAAUGGAUAUGCUUAUGGAUCGGGAGGUCAUAAGGAAUGAAGCACUGUUACUUCUUACUUAUCUGACCAGGGAUGCUGAGGAAAUUCAAAAAAUUGUGGUAUUUGAGGGUGUAUUUGAGAAAAUAUUUAGCAUUAUCAGAGAGGAAGGAUACUCUGAUGGUGGUGUUGUUGUUCAGGAUUGCCUUGAACUGCUAAAUAAUUUAAUCCGACAAAAUGCAUCCAAUCAGAUGCUUCUGAAAGAGACAAUCGGCUUUGAUCCAUUGAUAGCAAUACUAAAGAUAAGGAGAGGCAGUGCAUUCAAUUUCACUCAACAAAAGACAGUAAAUCUUCUCGGUGCUUUAGAUACUGUUGAGUUGCUUUUGAUGGGAGGAGGCUCAUCUGGUGAGCCAGGUAAAGAUGCUAACAAGACCACCAACCAAACUGCUUUAGCUCAGAAAAAUAUUCUGGAUCACCUUCUACUGUUAGGCGUGGAGAGUCAGUGGGCCCCUGUAGCUCUCCGCUGUAUGGCCUUGCGAUGCAUUGGUAAUUUGGUGUUAAGAAAUCCUCAGAAUCUUGAUUCUCUUGCGAGCAAGCAAGUUGGGGAAGAUCCUCAUGUUCAGCCUGCACUCAGUGCAAUCUUUUCUAUAAUCUUGCGAACCUCCUUAGCACAAGAAUUUGUUGCUGCUGAUUAUGUCUUCAAGUGUUUCUGUGAGAAAAAUCCUGGUGGCCAGGCUUUACUAGCAUCAACGAUUGCUCCACAUCCAAAUCAAGCACAUGCUACAUUUGGGGCCACUACUGACAUGCCUUUUGGAAGUAUACUUCUGCAAGCUCUGGUGUCAAGUGAUGAUAAUGGAGAUAUGGAGGCAUGUUGCAGAGCAUCUAGUGUUCUUUCUCACAUAAUCAAGGACAACUUGCAAUGCAAAGAUCGUGUACUGCAAAUUCAGCUUGAAACACCUGCACCUUCCUUGGGACGCACUGAGCCACUACUGCACCGCAUUGUUACAUGUUUGUCUAUUGCAGCUUCAGCAGAAGGAGAAAAUGGCCAAAGCGGUCAACCAGAAGAAUCAUAUAUUCAGCCAGUCAUUCUCCGGUUACUCAUUGUAUGGCUUGUGGAUUGUGCUAAUGCCGUAGAUUGCCUUUUGGAAUCAGCAGUACAUCUGAACUACAUUAUCGAGCUUGCUUCAAGUAAACGCUACAGUGCUUGUGUUCGUGGAUUGGCUGCCGUUGUUUUAGGUGCUUGUGUCCUGUAUAAUGCAAGCCGGGAGAAGGGCCGAGAUGCCUUUGCUGUUGCUGAUGCUAUAAGUCAGAAGAUUGGCCUAUCCACAUACUUCUUGAGGUUCGAUGAGUUGCGGAAAAGGUUUGCACAUUCAUCAUCAGGGCAGCAGAACCGCAAGCAGCUUUCACGGUCAAGUGCAAAUAGUAUGUCAGAUUUCCAAGAGAUUGAAGAGGAAGAAAUAAAUAAAGGCGAUCAGCAUCCAGUCCUGUCAGAAAUCUUUGAUUCACAUUUUGUUAGUUUCCUCAGUAAGCUUGAGACUGAUAUUAGGGACAAUAUAAUGGAUAUAUUUAGUCGAACAAAGACCGCAACUGCAAUUAUACCUGCUGAGUUGGAGCAGAAGAAUGGGGAAGUUGAUGGAGAAUACAUCAAGCGGCUAAAGUCAUUUGUAGAGAAACAAUGCAAUGAAAUGCAGGACUUGCUAGGUCGGAAUGCAAUGCUGGCAGAAGAGUUAGUGAGAACUGGUGGUGGCAACUCCGCUGAUUCCUUACAGAAACCAAGCAGUGGCCGAGAAAGGGUCCAAAUCGAAUCCCUCAGACAAGAACUCGAAGGAGCAACCCGACGCAUAGAGGCACUCAGAGCUGAACAUACCCAGAUCGAAGCCGAAGCUAGCAACCAACGAAACCUCGCAGCGAAACUGGAAUCUGAUCUCAAGAGCCUGUCAGAUGCUUACAACAGCCUUGAACAGGCCAACUUCCGUCUUGACUCUGAAGUGAAGGCCUUGCGGCAGGGAGGCAGUGCACCCUACCCCGAUGUGGAAGCAAUCAAAGCGGAAGCGAAGGAGGAGGCAGAGAAGGAGAGCGAGGCGGAGCUAAACGAUCUCCUCGUCUGCCUGGGCCAGGAGCAGAGCAAGGUGGAGAAGCUGAGCACGAGACUGGCAGAGCUUGGUGAAGAUGUGGACACCUUGCUGCAAGGCAUUGGCGAUGACACUGCUUUGCCAGAUGAUGACGACGAUGAAGAUGAAGAUGAUGAGUAAUAUAAUGUGUGUAAUUCUGUCAUCUCAUGGUGUAACCAGUUGGGGAUCAUGCUGUUGUAGCAACAACUGUACAGUGGAUGAUGAUAUUUAGACAAAGGUUUCAAGUUAUUUAUGUUGGAUGAUUGAAUUGCUGAAUUUAGUUCUCAGAAUUAAGUGAAGUCCUUAGGAACAAUCA